UUUUUUUUUGCUCCUUGAGCUGAAAUUCUCUAUUUGUUUUGUAUGAAUUCUAUUUUUCUUGAGCUUUGAAUUUCCUUCAGUAGUUAAAGUCAUUAUGUUUAUGAGGGUCAUCAUUUUCACAACAUGUCCAGUGUUAGUGAGCAGUGAUACAGUGGAGGCUGGGAGCUGGUGAUAAAGAAGAAGCAUCACUGUUGUGUAUUUACAAGGCUAGAGGAAGCAAUCAGACGGUUUAUAUACAAAAAAAAAAACAUGUGCAGGAGCAAAACACCGGCUCCUCAUGAAGAGAUGAUUCAGCUCCACUGUAAACUCUGAGCAGAGCUCCAAGCCCUCGAGGAAACGAUGAGCGUUGGUCUAUCGGCCGGGAGAAGAAGAGAGCCACGCUGUCUCCACGGGUUUGUUCCAGGCAGCUGACCCAACAAGACGCCUCCGUCCCCUGUGGUCCUGACCGCCCCCCCCCACCGUGCUGCCGUGUGUGAUCAACCACCCCCACUCCACAUCAGAGUCAAGGACAUAGUGCGACACAUCUUGAUCCCUGGUUGACUGAGUGACAGAUUGAGUGACCUACACCGGGCGCCACCAUGCAGGAGUGCCACACCGGCCUGUGUCUGUCCGUCUACAUCAUCACCUUCGUGCUGGGCUUCCCCGCCAACAUCCUGGCCUUCUACACCUUCUGCAAGAAGGUGAGGCAGAAGCCCACGCCGAUCGACAUCCUCCUCCUCAACCUGACCAUCUCCGACCUCCUCUUCCUCCUCUUCCUGCCCUUUAAGAUGCAGGAGGUCAUGGACGACAUGGUGUGGCACAUGCCCUACGUCCUCUGCCCGCUGUCCGGCUUCGUCUUCUACAUGACCAUCUACAACAGCACCUCCUUCCUCACGGCGGUCAGCGUGGAUCGCUACCUCGGCGUGGCGUUCCCCAUCCACUACUCCGUGAAGCGGCGACCUAUGUACGCCGUGAUCGCCAGCAUCUUCUUCUGGAUUUUCUCCUUCCUCCACCUGAGCAUUGUGUUCAUCGUGCCCUUCAUCGGCCGCGUGGAGUCUCCGAACAGCACCGUGGGCCAUAAUGCCUCGGGUGAGGUGUGUUAUGAGAACUUCACCAAGGCUCAGCUGGAUGUGCUCCUGCCCGUGCGUCUCGAGCUCUGUGUGGUGCUUUUCUGCAUCCCUUUCCUGAUUUGCAGUUUCUGCUACAUCAACUUCAUCAGGAUUCUGUCCAAGCUGCAGCACAUUGACCGGCGCCGGCGCCUCCGGGCCAUCGGCAUGGCGUUAGGAACCCUGCUGGUGUUCGCUUUGUGCUUUGGCCCUUACAACGUCUCUCACAUCGUGGGUUACAUAAAGUGGAAAAGUCCCGACUGGAGAGACAAGGCCCUGCUCUGCAGCACCUUCAACGCCUGUCUCGAUCCUCUGAUCUUCUACUUCUCCUCCUCUGCCGUGAGGGAAACUGUGAGCAGUGUGAUACAAGGGGUUAAGAGUCGCCUCCCCGGGUGCACGUGCAGUCCCGUUCCCUGGGGCUCGUGGGGGCGAGACAAAAAGAACAAAAACCCCAACCCUGCGAGAGAUAAGGAACACACACAAGAGGAGGCCAAUGCUAUCUGACUGAAAUGCAGCUAAGGACAGCGGCUUUGACUAAUUUGUUUUUACAACCCUGGAAGCAGGAAAUUAAUGUCGUGUUUAUGUUUUUACAUGUGAGAAGAUUGCUCGUCGUGCAGGACACAGCGCGGCGCGGCGCUGUUUGACUCUGUGAUCAACUUCCUGCUCAGGAACGAGACAGCAGAGGAACUCUUCUGUCUGCAGGAGCAAGAGGCGGCUGGUUUUUUUGUGCAGCUUAACAUGCAAAAGAUGCAGAGACGGGCGACUUGGAACUGUCACAUUCAAAUGAACAAUAUUUAUUACACAACAGCAGGACUCUGCAAGAUCUCCAUUAAUGCAGUCGGGCUCCGCGGUGGAGACGCCAACAAAAACAAUGACUAAGCAACAGGACGUCGUCUCUAGGCAAUGAGACACAAAGCUCACCGACAAACAGGAAGUGUCAUAUGUUUGUAAAAAGAUGCUCAUGAGGUGUUCUGUUUAAGAGAAAUAGGGCUUAUAGAGUAGUUGCAGCUGUUUGAUAAUAUAUUUGUGUAUUUUGUUCUUUGUCUUAUACAAUUAAGGAAGUUCUUGUUUCCAGGAAGUGACAUUUACAUGUUUUGAAUCAUUUAAAUGACAAACAUGGUUGUAUUUAAAACACAUGCUGUACUUAGAAAGCAUAUGUGUAUGAAUAUAUGUAUGUGGAUGCAUGUUAUUUGUAUGGAAGCUGUAUGACAAGGGGUUGUAAUUAUAUAAGACAGAAUGUAAAUACAAUAUUUUCAUAUGCAAACCAUAAAAACACAUAUUUUACAUAA